UUUGUUUUUCGCUUGUCAAACCAAACCCGGAUCAUAAACGAGGAUCCCAUCCGAGGAUUUCGUACCGUAAAGGGUGGUCUUGCCGCAGGAAGAAAAUUACUUUGGUUAAUGUACAUCUUUGGCUAUGCAGGUGGCCGGUCAAAUUGCGGACAACAUCGUAGCGGGAACAUUCAACAAGGGACAGAGGAGCACACCAACUAUUCCACAAUCCGUCAGUGAGGUAAUGUAAGUGGCCCCAGAAACAUCACCGGAACCGACGUGUUAGAUGCAGGGGAAAUUGAAAUAAACCAUCAAUCAGUGAUAGUCAACCAGGAGGGCAAGGAGCAACCCGUUGAAAAGACGUGAUUGUGGCAGACAAUGAUAGUAAGUGAGACAUAGGGAAAGAAACAAUUCCGACCCAAGUUGAAAUGCCAGCAAAACAGCUCAGCUUUGGAACCCUUUCCCUAAUCCAAAUAUCCAAGUCCAGCGUCGCUCAAAAUGCGGAGACCUUCUACCGUCGCCGACAACUAAACCUUAUCAAGGCGGUAACAAGCUUAAGAAAAUGUUGAUUCAUGUGAAGCGUCAACGAGAAAAGACUCCUCCUCAUACUGAACAUCUUCCCUGGCGCACAGCAGUGACACGCGAUUCCACCUCCUGUGCUUCUCAAAGGCAUACCACCACCGACACCAUCCAUGACCGUAUUACCGAGUCGAUUAUAGCGUCCUUUUGCUAUAAAUUUGAAGUAACCGCAACAAUUGUAGCUUACGCAGAAGCCUCCGGACAAGGAUUCAGGAUUGAACGAAGCAUUCUUCCGGAUGUUUCGGUAUUCAGUCGUCUGCUGGGCAUGCGUCGUUCGAACCGCUUCUCAACGCAGAACGGAACCCAUCUCUGUUAUGGCGAAGAAAGAAGGACAAGCACUUUCUGCUCUCGGCAUGGCACUCAAACUGUAAACUGGCGGUUUCCAGUGGAUCUGAAGAGCCCUAGUUAUCGUCUGAUUAGACCACCGACUUCCGUGUCACUUAUGUCGUUGAGUUGUUCCUACAGUGUAACUUGAUAGGAACUGGCCUGCGUGUUUCGAGUAAAAAGCUGCUUAGCUUUUGCAAUGCCAUUUCACAGCCCCCGGCUAUUACGGUUAAUUGGUGCGGAUAUAUCAAUGAGGACAGCGAAUCAUACGGGCUACUCCCAAUAACAACCACUGCUUAUAGCCUAUUCCUAUUACGUCUUUUAAAACUCAUAAUAAAUAUCGAGUUAAAUAUUAGAAAGAAAAUUAAAUGUAUGGGGAUGGGAACUGGCAUCAAGUUACUCUUCAUCAUCUUAUUUAUUAUAUUAAAUGGCGUAAUCUGAAUAGGCUAUUAGGCUUCCAGUACGAAUAAUGUCAGUUGUUCUGAAUAACACAAUACCGCUUAAGCUGUAUGGAAACAACCUGAUCUAUUGGUAUAAAAUCCAUAAAAUUAUUCAAAUUCUGUAGAAUAUAGAAAACAAAAAUAAAACCUAAUAAAUAUUGUAUGUGUAACAUCAA